UUAAUUCUCGGAAAUGUCGCUCUCUCCCGCGAGUCUAAUCAUCCUCGCUCUCUCCUCCUUUUCUUCCACCGUCUUCUCCUCUCCUCAUCUCUCUCUCUCCCUCUCUCUCUCUCUCUCUGUUCAGAUUCUCCGAUGUCGUCUAUGAUCUUCGGAUUCACCGAUCGGUGAAGUUCCCGAGCUGAAUUCCUGCGUUUCCGAUUGAAUAUUCUCAAGGGCUUUUUAGUACGCUGAAUGUCGGCGGGAUUUCGAAUUUCGAGACGUUAGGUUGGCACUCGGAGAAUAGGUUGUGGGAAGAUCAGAUAAGCAGCUUCCGAAACAUUGCCUGCCGCCAUUGUUGCAUCUUCUGAAUUUUGAUUCCUUUUUUGGAUACAUUUCGAAGAAUAGGUCCCAAUUUUUUCUUACAGAAACAUUCUUUUCGUGGCUUAUUUAUACAGAGAAGAGAACAGUGACUAAGAAAAGGUUCCUUAUUCUUCCUCUGACCAUAGUUUACCUGUUUCUGGUGUCAUAGUGAAGUCACAGAAUUCUGGAAAUUAUAUUUGCAGAUCACUUAGACAAGUUUGAUGCGGUGUACCCUUGUGAGGAGAAUAACCAGAUUUCUGAACCAUUUGGGAAGACAAAAGCAUGGUUAUGUUGGUCGGUCAUUGUUCAAAAGCUGAUCCUUUGAAGGAGUUGAAUAGAUGACGGAUAGAUGAAGUAAAACAAUGGCGGCUCAAGGACUGAACACACGACAUCGUAACUUGGCCGAUAACCUUGUUAGAGAUAUUUCAGCUUUGUCUGGUCAGUUGGCUUGGCAAAAUUCCGAACCUAUCCCAAGCAAUGGAAGAAAUGCGAAUAGAAAUGUUUCGCUUCGGACUGGCGAAGAAUUUUCUAUGGAGUUUCUGAAAGAUCAUACCCGCGCCGAACCUCCUAGAUUUCCUGGGCUGAGGAGGAUGGAAUCAGAAUGUGCUUCUGAUGCUAAUGAUUCAGGACAUGGUACAAGGAUUCUUAACCAGUUUGAAAAUGGCGGCUGUGUUGAAAAAUUCAAUGGAUACAACAAUGUAGGUGUCGUAACCAGGAAGGCGUUUGGUGAACUGAAUUCCAACCAAGGAGGUGUCGUCCAGACGACAGCAGCUCCUUCUGUUCAUUUACCAGAUCAUGCUCAGUCCAACAACUGCAAUGGAGCAGUGGUUCCUGAAAGAGCCGCGAAAGUGAAACUCCUUUGCAGCUUUCGCGGAAAAAUACUGCCCCGAUCCACUGAUGGAAAACUCAAAUAUGUCGGGGGAGAAACCCAUAUCAUCUCGAUUCACAAGAAUCUUUCAUGGGAAGAACUCAAGAGAAAGACUUCUGCUAUAUGCCCACAAGCACAUUCGAUUAAGUAUCAGCUUCCAGGGGACGAUCUCGACUCCCUAAUAUCAGUUACUUCCGACGAGGAUCUUCAGAAUAUGAUCGAGGAGUACAAUGGGCAACAAAGACCCGAGGGUUCCCAUAGGCCACGACUGUUUCUGAUUCCUCUCGGAGUAUCUGAAAAUUCUUUAUACGAUGAAAACAAUGUCCAGCAGAGUAAUUCUGAUUACCGCUACGUUGCAGCUCUGAAUGGUAAUGUUGAUCCUACUCCGAGGAAAAAUUCUGGUGAAACAAGUUAUCGUGUUACCUGUUUGGACCGCAUUCCGAGUUUCCAUAACCGAUCCCCUACUCAGCUACUUCAGGUGGAGACUAGAGGUGGAGUUCAUGCUAUGCAUCCUAGUCAAAUGUUUAAUGGACUUCACUAUAAUAUGUCUCCAUACCAAUCACCUCCUGUUUCUCCCAUGCCACUCCAGCGUGCCGGUUCUAAGGGAGGAUACUCACAAUUGUACGGAAACAACUCUAGCUCCGAGAGCAACAGUUCCUAUAUUACAGCUCAACCCGACAUCUCAAGCGUUGAGAUGAAUGAAUCCAGAUAUCAUCAAAGACAACCACUGCCUUCAGUGAUUUAUCCGCCCUACAAGCAGAAUGAUGCUAACCGGACAGAGCAUCAUAUACUGCCUCACGGUGGCUUCAGCGAAAACUUUUUGUCUCCUAUAUCUGGGCGGGUUGAUAGUGUUGUUUCUGCCCCCGAUGAACCAGAAGAAUCCGAGGUUCUGCCUUCUGGAUCUACAAAUUCAAAUGAUUUUCAGUUUGGAUUAUCACAUUCGCAUUCAGACUCAACUCUGGAGCUUUGUGGUGGACAGUUUGCUUACUGUUCCCAAUUGAAUUUGAAGGCACAAAUGCAAGAGAGGCUGUUGCAGUUGCAUAGCAAUACUGAUCUAUCUGACUGUAGAACUCAAAGUAAUAUACUCGAUUUCAUGUCCACUGAAGGAGGAGAAACUACGUUCAAAUGCUCGCCAAAUCCGGGUGAAAAUGAUACCAUUCAUCUGGGUAUUUUCUCUGAGGGGAAUCAUUAUAAUGAGACCUAUCAAAAUCAGGACACCACGCGUCAAGGAGGGGCAGGGAAAUGCGGAACAAUAAGAAGGGCAACCUCUACUGAAAUGGAAUCCAAGGCCUUGGCUCUUGGUGGCAACCUGACUUCACCCUUUGCUGCUGACUCUUGGAGGCAAAUUAAGGAAGAUCAUGGACUUAUGACGACCAACCAUGCUAUUCCCUUUGCAGAAGAUGUAAUAGAUCGAGCCUCAAAUCAUGAGUCACCAAGGGUUCUGUCUCUAUUUACCGAGCAACCUUCUGAUUUGGUUCAGGAACUAGGAACUGAUGUUACCCGGGCAAGGAAUUCUGAAGUUUCACGUCUCUUACCAGACAUCGGAGUAUGUUCCAACGGGAGUUUUCCUGUUCACAUUGCCUCCAAAUCAUCAAACACCAUAGUUGUUGAAGAUCAGGGAUUCUUAGAAUUUGGUCUGCCUCAAAAGAAAGUGGAUUCUGAUAACUCCACUGUGAUAAGUCCUGAAAAAUACAUGCAUUCAUCAGAAAGACAAGAUUAUCCACUCUCAAGUUCCAACAACAAUAACCUGCAUGAUCUACGGAAUGCAUUGGGAGAUAGUUCUUCACCUGACGAGGAUCUUAGUCUUGAUCAAACUUUUGGAGAAGCAGCUUUUGGUCAUGAGACUGUGAAAAUCUCAAGCAAGGACAUGAAUCUGCCAGAGAAUAAAUCUGAGGAAGCUGAAUCCGAUCAUGGAGACAAAGAUCACGAUCACAACGAUAAGAACAUCGCUGAAAUAGAAGCCAACGUCUACGGCCUGCAGAUAAUAAAGAAUGCCGAUCUGGAAGACCUGACCGAAUUGGGGUCUGGUACAUAUGGAACAGUCUACCAUGGGAAAUGGAGGGGAACAGAUGUUGCCAUAAAAAGAAUAAGAAAGAGUUGCUUUGCAGGGAGAUCAUCAGAGCAGGACCGCUUGACGAAGGACUUCUGGAGAGAAGCACAGAUCUUAUCGAAUCUUCAUCACCCCAAUGUCGUUGCAUUCUACGGGGCAGUUCCCGAUGGAGCUGGAGGAACCCUAGCGACUGUUACCGAGUUCAUGGUGAAUGGAUCACUCAGGCAUGCUCUUCUCAAGAAAGACAAAUUGCUUGAUUCUCGGAAGAAGAUUAUAAUCGCAAUGGAUGCUGCUUUCGGUAUGGAGUAUCUGCACUCGAAAAACAUUGUCCAUUUCGACCUCAAAUGCGAUAACCUACUCGUCAAUUUGCGGGAUCCACAGAGGCCAAUAUGCAAGGUCGGGGAUCUCGGGUUAUCGCGAAUCAAACGCAACACUUUGAUAUCUGGUGGAGUUCGAGGAACACUUCCAUGGAUGGCUCCUGAACUACUGAAUGGUAGCAGCAAUCGGGUUUCUGAGAAAGUUGACGUUUUCUCCUUUGGGAUCUCAAUGUGGGAGAUUUUAACUGGGGACGAACCUUAUGCAGAUAUGCACUGUGGCGCCAUCAUUGGCGGGAUAGUGAAGAAUACACUUAGACCUCCUAUACCGGAAAGUUGCCCUCCAGAUUGGAGAAAGCUGAUGGAACAGUGUUGGUCCGUGGAUCCCGAAUCCCGACCUUCCUUCACCGAUAUAACAAACAGAUUGCGGUCGAUGUCAAUGGAGCUCCACACUAAAGGAAACUCCGGCAAAAGGAAAUGAGCUUGUAAGGUUAGUUCAUACC